GGGGAGAUUGAUGACAUCAGAGCACAAUCCCCCCAGGAUCUACCCCUACACCUGUGAAAGAGCAAGGAGAAGGAGGGGUCCAGAUAACAGAAAUAGAGGAGAAGACUCGGAGAUCAGAGCUCAGUCUGUUCACAGAACCUCCACGCUGAUGAUCUCCUAGAAGUCAUCAGGACAUUUCUCUGGCUGCUGCGAGUCCCAUUCAACAGGCAGGAUGGCUCGGGACAUGUCAGAUAAAGAAAUCCUGAAGAUGGAGCUGGAGCAGCUGAAGCUGGAAGUGAACACUCCCCGAAUCGCGGUAUCAACAACAGCCCCAGAGAUCAUUGCGUUUGUUGAGGGGAAGUCUGCUGAAGACCCCCUGAUCAGAGGCGUCCCAGAAGACAAGAACCCAUUCAAGGAGAAGGGAGGCUGCAUUAUUACGUAGCAAUGGUCCUGGACUACUUUUAUAUAAAACAUCAGUAUUUGUACUAGAACCUUUUUUUUUUUCGUUAGUUUUAAAUACAAUACAGUUCCAGAAGCAUAAGAGGAUGUCCUCAUGUCAUUCAAUAGCUUUUUGUGAUAUGUUGUUACCUGUCACUUUUUAAAAUAAACUCAUUUUGCAAUUUAACCUUA